AUGGCGGUGAGUGAGGAGGCACGGGGAGGAGCCCUACUGCUCUCACUGCUCUGUGGGGCCAUUCUAAUGCCCCCAGGGUGGGCAGGCCCCCUGCAGCCAGCACGCAGACCCGUGCCGCCCGGACUGCCCUUCCUCGUGCUGUGGGGCAUUCCCGACGCGGCCUGCCUGAGACGCCCGGACCCCGCUGCUUUCGGCAUGGAGAGGGAGGGCUGCGUGUCCCUCUUCUACGAGGACAACCUGGGACUCUACCCCUUCUACAGCUCCCAGAACCAGCCUGUGUCCGGCGGCCUGCCCCAGCACACCAGCCUGGACGUGCACCUCCAGAGGACAGAGGCCGACGUGCUGAACGCGCUGCCCUCGCCUGAGGCCCGGGGCCUGGGCGUGAUCUGCUGGGAGGAGUGGGCGUCUCAGUGGGAGCGCAACCGCGGGAAGCAGAAGAUCUACCAGCAGGAGUCGCGUGCCCUGCUGCGCGGCUUCUUCCCUGAAUGGAGCCCUGAGGAGGUGGACAAAUGGGCGCAGGUUGACUUUGAGGCAGCGGCACAGUCCAUCCUGAUGGAGACUCUGCAGGAGGCGAGGAGGAUCCGUCCCCAGGUCCUGUGGGGCGUGGCUCCGUACCCGAGCUGUUACAACUCCGGCCCCCACCGGCGGUUAGGAAACGACACAGGGCGCUGUCCCGCAAGCGAGAUGGCCCUGAACGAUGAGCUGCUUUGGCUCUGGAAGCGGUCCUCGGCCCUUUACCCCGCCCUGCUGCUGGACAAGCUGCUCGCGCGGACUCAAGACGCGCAGCUGUACGCGUCCAAUCAGAUCCGUGAGGCCCUGCGGGUGGCAGCUCUUCCUGGCGCUGCUUACGAUCUUCCUGUUUUUCCAUUGGUCAGAAGUGUCUACACAUCCACCAAUACGUUUCUGUCUGAGGCCGACUUGGUCAACACCAUGGGGGAAAGCGCAGCAAUGGGGGCUGCUGGCGUCAUCAUCUGGGAUAAAUUCUUCUCAGCCAAGACCCAGAGAGCAUGCUGGGAGCUGGCUGAAUUCGUGCAGGAGGUCUUGGGACCGUACGCUGUAAACGUGACGACGGCGGCGCGGCUGUGUGGCGAGGCUCUGUGCCAGGGCCGGGGGCGCUGCCUGCGGAAGAACCCGGAGGAUCGCUCCUACCUGCACCUGCCCCCCGCCAGCUUCCUGCUGCUGUCUGAGGGGGCCGACGGCCUGGAGGUGAUGGGAGAGCUGGCCCCUGAGGACCUGGAGGGGUGGCGCCGCAACUUCCAGUGCCAGUGGUACGAGGCCCUGGAGGGCACAGCUGCCGAUGAGGAGUCCCCGCUGGCUAGGGCCAAAGGGCAGGGCCUGAAGCCUUCCACGCUGACUGAACGGACCACGUUGGCGGGGCCCACAGAGCCGGGACCCACAGAGGCGGGACCCACAGUGGCGGGGUCUACAGCAGCCGGGCCGACAGAGCUUGGGCCUACAAAGCUUGGGCCUACAACACAGCUCCCAGCACAGCCAACAUCCGCACCCACAGCAGCACCCACAACCAGUGGCCUGAACCAGGGCACCGCGCCCCUAACUCCAGCCUUUCUCACUCUGCUGCUGCCCAUGCUCCCCUUCCUCACCCUCACCUGAUGGAGCUCAGUGGAGAGGAC